UAUACAUAAAAUAGUUAAUUUUCGAAAAUUUAUGAAUCUAUUUCACAUCUGCGUUAAAUAAAUACAGUAUUUCAUAAAAUUUCAGACACUCAUACAGAGUACUAGAGCUAGUAGGCAGAGAAAGAGGUCUCAUGGAGGAGAAACCGGUAGCUUCUGUUUCUAGUUCAAAUGGCAAAAUAAGAGUGCUUCGAACAUCUAUAUUAGGACUAGUAAUAAUCAUCUUUGUUGGGUAUAUCUUCAUGCUAAUCAUGAAGCCAAGCUCCACUUAUAUAUCACAUUUUGAGCCCAAAAUUCGAGCUCAUACAAAUUCCAGUUUCUUUGGAGCACAAGGUACAACAAUUCUUAUGGACACAUUUCCCAUGUUGGUUAUCUCUGUUUUAGGCUCUCUGUAUCUUCAUUUGGGAAUCAAAUACAAAGAUGGUGCUGAAAGUCGCGAGAUAAAAAGCAAGUCGAUAUUGAGUUCAUGGAAGAGGCCGGUGAUUAUGAAAUGGCUCGGGAUCGUUUCGUGGACAGAGAUCUCUAUUUUGGUGAUGUUCAUUGCCCUCCUAGUCUGGACCUUCUCCGCUUACAUGCAUUACUUCUUCCAGCACAUGGCCUUUUUCAUAGAAUCAGAGAAUGAGAAGAGAUGGAAGUCUACACUGAGCAUAAUAGGCUUUACUCUGGGGAUUAUUGGCAACAUAUGUCUGUUAUUUCUAUUCUUCCCGGUUACGCGAACUUCAUCAGUGUUGCCCCUUCUGGGACUGACCUCAGAGGCCAGCAUCAAGUAUCAUAUCUGGCUUGGACACAUGACCAUGUUCCUUUUCACCGCUCAUGGCCUGUUUUACAUCGUCUACUGGGCUCUCACGGAUCGUUUAGUAUCCAAGAUGCUGGAAUGGAGGAAAAUAGGUGCAUCGAAUGUAGCUGGGGAGAUUUCCUUGCUCUUCGGAUUAGGGCUAUGGGUGACAACAUUUCCUCGCAUUAGGCGAAAAAUGUUUGAGCUCUUCUUUUACACACACUACCUCUACAUUUUCUUCAUUAUCUUCUUUGUCUUUCAUCUUGGCUUCAAUUAUUUCUGCUAUAUGCUUCCGGGAUUUUAUCUCUUCAUGAUUGAUCGACUCUUAAGGUUCUUACAGUCCAGACAAUGUGCUCAGUUAGUGUCUGCUCGUAUUCUUCCAUGUAAUACUGUUGAGCUCAACUUCGCAAAAACUAAAGGAUUGAAUUAUACUGCAACAAGCAUUAUGUUUAUUAAUGUUCCAAGCAUUUCCAAGCUGCAAUGGCAUCCUUAUACAAUUAGUUCCAGCAGUAAUUUGGAACCUGAGGUUCUCAGUGUUAUUAUUAAAAGCGAAGGAAGUUGGACUCAGAAGCUUUAUGAGAAGCUUGCUUCGCCUUUUCCAGUUGAACAUCUUAGUGUCUCUGUUGAAGGCCCUUAUGGACCUGCUUCAACUCACUUUCUAAGGCAUGAUAAACUAGUUAUGGUUACUGGAGGCAGUGGCAUAGCACCCUGUAUUUCUAUAAUCCGUGAACUUAUCUUCAUGAACUCAACAAUGAAAAGCAAAACUCCCAGCAUUCUCCUCAUUAGUGCGUUCAAGAAUUCCUCAGAGCUCACUAUGUUAAACCUCCUCUUACCAUCUUCAAAUGCCUCAUAUGGAGUUUCAAAUCUUGAGCUACAAGUAGAGGCAUAUGUUACCCGUGAAUUAGAACCACAAAUAGAAAAGUCAACCCCCUUGCGGACAAUAUGGUUCAAGGCAAACACCUCCGAUGCACCUAUAUCCACAAAUUUAGGAAAAUUCAGUUGGUUAUGGCUCGGAUUAAUAACAUCGUUGUCAUUCAUAAUCUUCCUUCUUACCAUGGGAUUGCUUACGCGCUUCUACAUAUAUCCAAUAGAUCAUAAUAGUUUUAUGGUCUUCUCAUACUCAUUACAGGCUCUGCUAAAUAUGCUACUCCUAUGCAUAUCCCUACUUGUGACAGCCACUGGAGCUUUUCUGUGGAACAAGAAACAACAGAUCGAGGAACUUAAAGGAUUGUCACCUAAAUUGCAUAAUUCAGUGGCCGUCAAUCCUAUUGAGCAAGAACUCGAAAGUCUUCCUCAGCAGUGUCUUUCAAAAACUACCAAGCUGCAUUAUGGCCGAAGGCCUGAUCUGAGGGGAAUUCUAGUGGAACAAGAAGGAUCAAGUGUUGGUGUUCUAGUUUGUGGUCCGAAGAGUAUGCGCCAUGAUGUCGCAAACAUAUGUUCAUCAGGCUCUGCAGACAAUUUACAUUUCGAAUCCAUAAGUUUUAGCUGGUGAUCAAAUAUUCUCAGGGAUGCAGUGCUGCUAUCCACUCCUUUGUAGUUACUGUGCAAUUGCCUUUUAAUAUAAAAAAAUUUCAGGCAAUUAAUUAUUUAAUAGUAAUAUAUACUGGUGGUUUUCA